GACCAGCAUAUCUUCAUCAUCACCAUCACAAUGCAUUGAGACGUCAUAUACUACACAGAUCAUCACAGCAUCAGCUUCGCCACAUCGAUCGCGGUAGCUUGAAGACGGAGAAGAGGGUAAAGCCAUCAUGAUCGGCUCGCGCCGGGUGGCUGCUUCUUCGACGUCGUCCUCGUCGACGCAGUGGCAUAGAAAGUGGCGAGCGACAGCAAACAACCUUCAGCGCCUUCAAGUGUCGCCUCUUGAUCCAACUGUCCCUCACGCAGAGACAUCAGCGGCAGGAGCCGCCCGCUCAGCAUGGCCUCGCUCCACGCCGCGACGCUGGCAGCAACGCUCCUUCUUCUCUGUCGCUUCACCAUCAUUGAGCGCAGUUGCACUUGGCAAGCAGCGAGCAUGGGAGCAGACGAGCUCAGACGUCGACCGCAGCGUCUUCGCGGAGGAUCGCAGCCCAGUGAAGCAUUCCGAUACCCUUGUCCCACCCAUCGAGCAGCCCGGUCCCGAUUGGACGACAAUGAACGACGAAGUUGGCUGGUCAACACCCGAAGAUGUCGCGCAUGGAGGCAGCCUGGGCGAGCUUCUUGAGCAGGAUCGUCGCCUGAUCGAUGAAUCAAAGCAUCAUCAAGUGCUCUCUGUCGCCCUGGACUUCGCUGAGCCUUUGGUGCAAAGGCACCUCGCGGCCCCAAAUCAACGCCUGACUGGCAUGACCGCGCUCAGGGAGCAAGCAGAAAAGGUAUUCGACGAGCUCUACGACGAACUCAGCUCUCAAGUCGACAGCGACUCAUGGUCGGCGACCGUACGGCCCUUCUCUGCAGCGGACCGCCGGGCCUUUCAGAUAGCUUUCACAGCCACGCUGCGGGUCCUCGUGGUCCUCCAGUCACAGCCUGCAGAGAUCUGCGAGAAGCUAGACGAUAUAAGGCAAUGGCUUGGCCCGCUCCCUCUGCCCUUCUAUCAUCGCAUUGUCUCCAUCGCCGGGCAGUGUGGUCGUGCUCGACUAGUCGAUGAGCUCUUCCUCAACUCUCUAGACGCAUGGAACAACAGGACAGAUGAGUGGAUGCUCUACACUCGAUCGAGGGCUCUCUCCUUGAUGAAGAGGCAUCCCGCCCGCUUCGAGCUGCAAGAAUACUGGACCGUCUAUCAGCGCUUCCUUGGAAUGCAAGGGUCACCACGCACAGCGCUUCGAGCUGCGACACGCACCCUCUCACCACCACGAUGCCUCUUCACUUUUCUCCUCGACCAUUUCUCGACGAAAGGCGAGGACCGCAGGACCUCGAUGCUCAGCAUCGUCAGCGCGAUGCGCACCUUUGGUCACGUAGUCGACGAGGCGAUCUGGCUCAGACUCGUCCGGGCCAAUCUCACGCUGCGCGGACAUAUCCCGCAAGAGGUCGCCCAAGAUGCGAGUUCUCCGGAGGGCGAGACGCGAUACCUCUUCGAUCUGCUGGGCAGGCGCGCAGAAGCUCUUGCAUCGCUAGAUGUUGUGAGGAUGCUGCAGAUGAUCAACUACGAGUGGCAGGAGGCGGCGUCCGCAGCAGAGGCGGAGCAGUCGUCUGCCCGUCUGUUUAGCCCGGCUCAACGCGCCGAGGCAUACACACUUGCCGCCGAGAUGUUUGGUCGAAUGAGGCAGCCCUGGCGAGCGAGCGUCGUGCUGCGUCGCCUUUGGGAGCUUGGCGAUGAAGAGCAAAAGCAGCGUGCCGUUAUUGCGACGAUGAUGGCCUAUGCGGGGAGAGGCCAAGCAGAACGUGGCCUUGCUCUGGCCAGGAUGGUUACUCGAGAACACUUUGCCAGCGACACAGACGGGUCUGCAGCAGUCGUAGAGGCGACAGCGCCACCCCUCGCCUUCGAGCUUCCGGGCACCCUCCCGCUCUCGGACCGUCUAUUCACAUCCAUGCUUCGCUGCGCUGCGCUUCUUUCCCAAUAUAAAGACAAGGUGGAUGCAGCGUACGAGCUGCUCAACAUGGUGUCUCAUCAGCGCAGAGAGCUGGCAACACCUGUUCUUCGCGGACUGGCUGCCUUCCUCUUCGCCGGUCUCGGAUCUUCUCAUCGGUACGCUGUGCAAGGUCUCCGACAAUUCCUAGCGCGCCUCGACGCCCUUUCGCAGCAUCAAGCCAUUGAAGCUCCUACGAUUGCGCUGCGUAAGAAGCCUCGUGCUGGGCCUGUGCAGAAGCCGAUCCGCUGCUCCAAGGAGGCUAGUCGCAAUCUCGCCCAAAUCGUCAGAUUCGCUCGUCGCAUGGGCCUAGAGCACCAGAUGGAAGUCGCGACUCAUCGCUGGACGUGGUGGCGCAGUCAAGUCAACGCGAGGCAGUGGGAGAGGGAGAGGGAGCGCGAGGCCUCGGCGAUGGAUUCGCACCGAGAUCCUGGAUCGGCGGCCGCGCAUUGGAUGCUGAGUGGGAGUGAGGAUGAGCAGCUGCAGGACGAUUUGAGCCAUUCGACUGCGGCGAUGGACGUUGGGUCGCCACGAGAGGUAGUCGCGCUCAGCGAGUCCUCUGCAGAUCAGCGUCAAACCACCAAGCCGCGUCGGCAGGCGCGCACCCAGAUGAAGCCCGUCACCAAGGUCAAGGCAUCUCGCCCACGCCCGCACCCCUCAGUAGAUCCCGCUUUCCAGGAAGAUCUCUCCCGUCCACUCAGUCGCCCUGCGUACGCGCAUCGCCUCCGAGUCUACGCCGUCGUCCGUCGAGACCACGUUUCCGCCGCCCAGGUAUAUCGCUCCAUGCUUUCGCACGGCGUUCGCCCAGGGAUGAUGCACGUCUCAUUCAUCGUCGAGGGCCUGGCGCGUGACGGAAGGCUAGACGAAGCACGCGCGAUGAUCAAGGCCGCGCAGGACAGUCUUGGGCUUGUUCCUUCCUCCAGAAUCAGGGCGACUUUGAUACGCGAGCUGCUCAAGAGGGGCAAGGUGGAGGAGGCGAGAGAGCAACUAAUCGACCAUCGCGCUGCAGGCGGAUAUGUCAGCGAGCAGAUGGAGAGACUGUUCUCUGCACGUCCUACGCUCGCUGACCCGGUGACAUCGCGCAAGGCUUUCCAGAUUGCGAGACGCAAGCAAGAGCCGCUGCCCAUAGCGGACGUCGAUCAGGCCUUCCAGUGGCUCUGUGAGAGGAGAAGGCUUGUAUCAGCUCAUCGGCUGCUCAUCUUGGCGCUGCUCUCAGGUACGAGGCUGGAGUGGGAGAACAUCAGGCGCCUCGUGGCGAGAGGCAACUGGAUCUGGAAGCUGCUCAGGAGGAGAGGAAUUAAGGUCAGAGCUUCGGCCAUAGCCGGGUCCUCAUCGCAGCCCUUCUACGCGCGCACUCUGCAGCAGCAGCGCUCCGAGGCAGAUAACCCGGAAGAGGACGAGCUGCAACAGCAGACCGCAGACUCAGAUGUCGACCGAUCCGAUGUGGACCACCUCUCUGACGAUGCUGAAGUUGACGAUGCAGCCGUCGCCGAAGCCAUUCGCGCCGAUGCCGUUGAGCCCGACUCUGCAACGCAAGAUCGCCUGAGCGGUCUCGCCAAGCUCUACGAUGACGUCUCAACCACUCCUCCGCACGGAAGCCUCCACGCCCGACAUCUCGCCCGCCUGGUAGAGAAAGAUCCGCUCUUCUCUUCCUUCCUAACCGAAGCAGAAGACGCCGCCAUCGCCUCCCUCGAGAUGGGCAACCCAGACGACGCCAUCAGUGGUUUCGCUGGCGAGACGUCUUCCUCUGACCUGAGAGAUGCUUGGCUGCUCAAUCGCGCUGCGAUUUUCCUGUCAAAGCGCGUGGUGGGCGAGAAAGAGAGGCAAGAGCUCUAUGCCCAGAAAUGGUUCCUGGUUGACGUGGAGCGAUUGUUACUGGACGCUGCUAGUGGAAGAUGGAGAUCGAAGAGGAGGACAGGGUAAGAGAGGCGGAGCGACCCAUCGACAUGUGGUGCGAUGCGGGAUGGUGAAGCGACCGUGGGAAUGGCGGCGAUCACACUGCUUCGAUCCGCGGUGUCGGAUCGACACGGAGAGAGAGCGUCUGCAUCUCUGCUGCCUCUAGUGACCCUGCGGAUGCCACGACUUCACAAUUGCGGCGUUUAGCGGUACGAUCUCCCGCCAAUGCAUCAUGAUUUGACACGAUCCGUUGCGGCCCCAACGUCAACGCAAUCAGUCCGAAUGGUCGGUAGCCCAGG